AUCAGCAGUGCGGUAGCUUAAAGGUACCUAAAUGGUUUAUAACUUUUAUUUGAAACUGAGAUCGCUCAUGCUAUGACUUCCUUUUACGUUAUUGCUGAGGAAAAAGACAGCGACAAGAAGCAAGGAGAUUCUGAUUUCGAGAGUGAAAGUGACGAUGAAGGCUUCGAAGACGCUGAUCAAGAUUUUGACUUCGUUCAUAAGCCAUCGCACAAACUUCGCAAUGGUGUGAAGAAAAUGCAAGAAAUGGAAGUCGAAAACGGUCGAUUUCGCCUUGGACGGGGCACAACCUAUGUACGUGGUAGAUUUGAUGAGCGUUUUUCUUAUCCUUGGUGGAGAGUGGAAUUCGAAUUGCACGCGUCGAAAUCUUCGAAGAACGUCAAGCACGCUACUUCACUACCUUCGUACAGCAUCCGAACGGACGAUAAUGUGGAUAAAAGCUUGCUUUCGCAGUUCCUGACCAGGGGACUGAAAGUGAAUGACCAACACGUCACAAUGUUGUUAGAGUUUAUUGAAAUGCAAAAUAUUAAACCUACACUAGAGGAUUUGGUUAAAAACCUGGAAAAAUUUUCUGCAACUGGCAAAGUCGGCCACGAUGUUGCUGUGCAGAUUAGUACGGCGCUACAACAUACGCCAACUGGUAAAGCCUUUGCUGUGCCUUAUUUUACUGGGUAUGCUCAUCGGCUUUUUCCUCGUCGUGUUUGUUCCAUCUUUGAGGAAUAUUCUCUGGAAAUGCUGGAAAAGCUCAAUGAGGCACUGGAUAAAGAACCCUGGGUUUUUGGUUACUGGAGGGUUCUCAAAGAGAGAUUUGAGCUCUCAAGCUGUGAAGUAAAGCUAAAAUCAUUCCAAGACUGCAAUUUACUUAACCAAAUGCCAAUUGCCAAGCAAGAUGCAUUGUGCAUAUAUAAUGCCCUAUCAGGAUUGAUUCUCAAGGAUGGCCAUACUUUUGUAGAAUUCAAGAUGCUGAAGAAGAUGGAGAAGUUAAAGGGAAUCACUAACUGGAAAGAAAGUCUUGACUAUUUAAAAGAAAUCGAUGUUGUAGGGACUUCAGAAAACCAUCUGGGUGACAAUCAGCAUGUUUUUUUGACACACAUUCGUCAUUACGAAGAAGGAAUUGCAAAACAAGUGGCUGCAAUCAUGGAUAAAAAACCUUGGUUGGAUAAUGUGAAGAUUGAUGAGAAAAUAUUUGAUGGUGAUGUAGACCAGAUCCAUGCAGCCCAACUCAUAUCAACAAAACCAGUUGCUGUACUCUCAGGCAGGGGUGGUUGUGGUAAGACGUUUGUUGUGUCAGAAAUCUUGAAGAAGGUACUAGAGGAAAAGAAGGAAAAGAUCCUCCAAGAGAACCCUGUAAAUUCAGUUGAAACAAACAUAGACAUUUGUGAAGACUACAGUGAGGUAUUGGCUUGGGAUCCAUCUUGCACCCAAUAUUCAGAGCAAAAUAAACCUUUUUCAUCUCACAUUAAAAAGAAACUCAAAGAAGUUAAUGAACAAGUUUUGUUGACUGCUCCAACUGGCAAGGCUGCCUCCAUCUUAGGGAAAAGAAUCGGAAUUCCUGCACAUACACUGCACUCAGUCAUCUUCACAUUUCUACACUGGAAAAAUAAGGGUGGAGAUCACAAUGAGUGGAAAUUCAGCAAGGUUUGCCUUCUAGUGUGUGAUGAAUGUAGGCUGGUGUCUGUGAGGGUGUUCUACAAGCUGAUCAUCAUUUUGCAUUGGCAUGCACAACUUCAACAUGUGAUGCUCUUGGGGGAUGUAAAUCAACUUCCAUCCAUUGAGCCUGGGAAUUUUCUGAGCGAUCUUUUCCAUGUGUUGGAGAAAGAUGCCCUCUGCAUCACUCUGCCAACUAACCACAGAUCAGAUUCGGAACUUAUUGUUCAAAAUGCUGGAAAAAUAUCUUUGCAGCAGAUGCCACCUUUUGAUCCACAAAGAGGUUUCUUCUCAGUAAAAUACAAUGCAAAUGCUGACUCUGAUGGUAACAAGAUCACUCAAGUUGUUAAAGGUGUUCUAAAAAAUGAGGGAAACCCUUUUGUCCUGCCUAAACCUGACGAAUCUCAAUUUGUGGCAUUUCGGCGUAAUGACUGUGACAAUAUUAAUGAAAUAUGUGCCCAGCAUUUCAGCAAACACCCCAUCAAAGACCACCGUGGGAAACUGAAAUUUGAAGUUGGAGACAAAGUCUGUGUGAGGCGUAACGUGGUAUGUCUUGAUGAAUACGAUAAGAAAACAGUCAAAAUUUGCAAUGGAGAGAUAUUCUUCAUUCAGGAAGUCAUUCAGGAACAAGAUGAAAGGAACAAAAAGAAAAUGUUCUUCUGUCUAGACAAUGGCGAAAAGAAAAUAAAGAUUGAUUUCAGGACACUGAAAUCAGCCAAACUGAGUCAUGCCUGGGCAAGAACCAUUCACACAUUCCAGGGCUCAGAGUGUGACACGAUUGUCUAUGUGGUGGGAAAUCCGUGUUACCAGAACUGGCAGCAUGUGUACACAGCAGUCACCCGUGGCGUGCGGCAAGUUAUAAUGAUAUACAAACAUAGCUCCUUGUUGCGUGCCGUGACGUCACACCCUGUACCACGUAAGACUAAAUUAAAGGAAGACAUAAAGAAAGCUUUGAGAUGCCGAUUUAGGCCUAAUAUGCAUGAUGGAAUGAGUACCAACGCCCAAAUUGGCCUAGAUUCUGGAGUUGGUGUCGAGAAUACGUUUCCUCUUCUGCCCGCUGAUGACAUGAAAGAAGCCGCUGUAAAUUCAGUACUAGAGGCUCAUGGCGAAGACCAAAAGCGGGUAUCAGAGAAGUCUUUUCCACAAGCAACACCCUCGACCAGCGAUCUAAGAUGUUCAACUGAUUUUUUUAUCUCAAAAAAAAAUCUGAAUAUCAGGAAGCAUUGGAAGGAGCAAGGAGACACGAGCUACGCUCCUGCUUCACAGAGAAGUAGGUCUUCUCGUGAAUUGGCUGCAGACCACCGUCAGGAAAUGGCUGUAAAUGCUUCAGAUGCCAGAGACCCGCAAAAGAUAUCUGUUGGUUCCCCUCAGCGGUGGAAUAGUGGCUUUGAAGUCGUUGUUGAAAGUCCAAGCCACAAAAGGAAACAUCCAGAAAACACCAAACAGGACGGACAGGAAAUCUUGGACGCAAAGAUUUUUCAGAGCCCGAUACUGAAAAGAAAGUACCCUGAGGGUACCACUCUUUUAUCUCCUCCGCAGACUCCACCGUGCCUUAGGAAAUUCUCAUCGUCCCUUUCAUCUGUUAGCCCCUUGAGUCAGACUUCAACAGAAAUCCAGCAAGCUGCUGAUAAGAACACAGCUACAACAGGAACUACUGCAAAAUACAACGGCCAUUGCAAGGUCUGCAAACGUCCAGUUCGUGCAGGCAAAGACCAAAUUAUUUAUCAUUUUAAGGGCUCCAGCAAAUCUUGGAUUCAUGUUAAGUGCUCAACCAGUGAUACGCAAAAGGGACCAGUAUAAGCGUCAAAAAGAUGAUGAUAUCGGGGUUUAAAUGGUUGAUGAAAUCUCUCCCGUCGGCAGUUAAAGUAGUUCUUAGAGUUUGUAACAGUUACCGACGUUCAUUUGUAUUACAAAUGAGAUUUCGUUGCUGGGACGUAUCAAAAUGUUUAGGAAAUAUUGUUUGGUGGGUUCUACUGUUGGAAUAUUAUUCUUUUUUCCUUGAAAAUUUGAACGGGAAAUUUGUCUCUCAGAAUAUAUCCUGAUUGGUCGCCCAAUAAGCGCAAAAUUUUACUUGUUUUAACUUUUCUAUAUGCUUUUGUGAUUUAUUUUAUAGACUUCUUAUUACAGUUCUUUCACCCAUGAUUUAUUUUUAAGUCUUCCUCUAUAGUGGAGCAUGCUCAGCGAAGCCUCAUACUGUUAA